AUGCCUUCCUCAACUCUUCCUGUCACCUUGUAUUCGUGUCUACUUUUGUUUCUUCUGCUCCUUGAGGCUCCAUUGUGUCCAACCAAUGCUACUUCAACCUCGUCACCCAAGCUGCAGAUAGCAGCCUCACCACCCGAGGUAGCGACCACCGUCACCGACCCACCGUCGGAGCUGACCGAGGUCGCCGACCACCCUGCUCCACCCACGUUGAUCAGACCUGCUCUCUAUAUCAUCCAUACUAGCAACUUCAGCAGGCCAUCUCACUUUGCCACACAAGAACAAUGGUACUCUUCCCUCCUCCAGUCUCUCGCCGCCAACUCCACCGUGGCUGCCGCGUUGACUGAAACUAGUCAACUCCCCUUCUUGUACACCUACAACAUUGUACUUCAUGGGUUUGCCACCACUCUGACUCCCUUGGAAGCCAAAAGAAUAUCGAGAAUUCAAGGAGUCAUCGGUGUCUAUAAGAACAGAAUCCUGGAGCUCCAAAGUACGAGGUCGCCGGACUUCCUCGGCGUCACCUCUAGCGAUUCCGGCGUUCGGCCUCCAGUAGGAGAAUCCAACUCCGGCCAAGAUGUCGUCAUUGGCCUCGUUGAUUCUGGCAUUUGGCCGGAAAGCCUUAGCUUCGACGAUUCCGAUCUCCUUCCCAUUGGAUCCAAAUGGAGGGGCACAUGCGAGAACGGGACUCGUUUCGACGCUACCAACUGCAACAACAAGCUGGUCGGUGCAAGGUUCUUCAAAGCUGGAAUUGUGGCUGAAGGAAUCCUGAUUGAUGAAGCCUCCGAGUUCCUGUCUCCGAGGGACGCCAAUGGGCACGGGACGCAUACGGCAUCCACCGCAGCCGGCUCUGAGGUGCCCGGAGCGAACCUCUUCGGUUUCGCCAACGGCAAGGCCCGUGGCAUGGCAUCAAGGGCGAGGAUCGCCAUGUACAAAGCAUGCUGGGGUUAUGGAUCCUGCAGCAGUGCGGAUAUCCUCGCUGCCAUGGAGAUGGCGAUUAAAGACGGUGUAGACAUCCUUUCCCUCUCCAUCGGCAGCAACAUUGAUGCUCCGUACUAUGACGAUCCGAUCUCCAUUGGGGCGUUCGCCGCGGUAAGGAAUGGCAUAUUCGUCGCCUGCUCGGCCGGCAACAACGGUCCCACUGAAUCCACGGUCACGAACACGUCGCCGUGGAUAACGACGGUGGGAGCGGGUACUAUCGACCGCAAGUUCCCGGCUCGCGUCACCCUGGGCAAUGGCGAGGUGUAUGUUGGCGAGUCCCUCUACCCCGAAAUGGCCGAAGGCACUAAUAUGUUCCCUCUUUUGUACGUCGGAUUCUGCACAGAAGAUAUCCUGCUGCCCGACGUUAUCAUGGGGAAGAUAGUGGUGUGCACUGAAGCUUCUGUUGCCACUGGAUUCUACGUCGAGGCUGCCGGCGGAGCGGGCAUGAUCUCGAUCACCGGUGAAGAGCAAGGCCAAGUCAUCAUUGUUAAGAGCUUCACGUUGCCGGCUCUCACGGUCGGGUACAUCGACGGGAAGAAGAUCCUGUCUUAUAUCACCUCGGCAGCAAAUCCAGUGGCCGGGUUUGCAUUCGGUCAUGAAACGAUCAUCGGCGAAAACAGAGCUCCGAUUGUGGCUGGUUUCUCAUCCAGAGGCCCAAGUUAUAUCCAACCGAAAAUCCUCAAGCCCGAUAUCCUCGCACCGGGGGUCAACAUCAUCGCGGCGUGGCCUACAGAGAGUUCUCUGACACGGUUGGCCGACGACCCAAGGAGGGAGGCCUUCAAUAUAAUCUCGGGAACGUCCAUGGCGUGCCCUCACGUGGCUGGCAUCGCUGCAUUGCUCCGUGAGGCCCACCCGACGUGGUCGCCGGCCAUGAUUCGAUCGGCGAUCAUGACGACCGCCGUCACCCUCGACAACUACUAUCGGCCCACGGUCGACCAGAGCUUGGGAGUCGCCACGCCGUUCGAGAUCGGCGCCGGCUUAGUCCAUUUUCCAAUGGCCAGGGACCCGGGGCUGGUAUACGACACCAGCGUCCAGGACUACGUCGACCUGAUGUGCACCAUGAACUACACCAAGGGGCAAAUAUCGCAGUUCGUCCCUGGCAUCUUCACGUGCUCGAACCUCGAGGGAGGGGCAGGCGGCCUCAACUAUCCGUCUUUCGUGGUGAUUUUUGACAACGAGACCAAAGCAGGGAUGCUGAAGAGGACUCUAACGAAGGUGUCGAAGCAGCCGGAGACGUACACGGCGCGCGUGGUGAAUCCGAGACCGGAUAAGGUAGAGGUGACGGUAGAGCCGCAGAUCUUGGCCUUCGACGAUGAGAACAAACUGAGAAGCUACAAGGUGGAGUUCAAGAGCAUCGUGGUCGAUCAAACUGAUAAAGGAACGGAGUAUGGGUAUAUCAUUUGGGAGAACAGCGUACAUCAAGUGAAGAGUCCCGUAGUCUUCAUGUGGAACUGA